AUGACUUUCGAACAGUGGUGGCGGUUCUUCGAUCGAUAUUUUGAUAGUCACCGCCCUCUCACACCUAAGGAUGUUCCUGAAACUAGCGAAUCGUCAAGAGUGUCCUUCGCUAGCUGGGAAGAAUACCUUGCUACGCUCGGGUCUGGUGCGCUCAUCGAGUCAUUUUUGGAAGACAGAGAAAAGAACGGAGCGUUCAAUACGCGUAUAAAGCUCCUAGGGCACAAACAAGGGAAAGAGACCAGAUGCUUCUGUCUGUUCAAGGUCCCGAGGAGAUGUUCAGAAAAUUUCAGCCAAGGAGACAGAGCAUCAGCCCAUCUGACUACCAAGAUCUCUGGCCUGAUACCCCUGUUCGAUGCUUUAUCGGUCAGGAGCACAGACGUCUCAUCUGUCGAUGGCCACACAUCAAAAAGCAGUCGACAACGCUCACGCGGACCUUGGGAUAUCAGCAUCUUGCCACCUUUUCCACAAGGUCCACCAGAAGUGGCUUGGGCUUUGAUUGAGCGCCGUCGGGACGAGAGGAAAGGCGAAUACUAUGAUAAGGGCAACUAUUCUGUCACCUCAUUUUCUGAGUUCAAUACCACACAACAGAACCGUGGAAUACGAGCCGCGAUUUGGUCACUACUUGACAAGUCGUCUAUCUAUGCCAAAAUCAUCCCGGAAGACCGCCACGGCAUAUUUGUCUACGUUUUCAGAGCUCUGCUUGAGCUGAAGCGACUGGUACAGGGACCGCAAUAUUCCGAGGUUUUGAAGGUACUACUCGGAUCUCGUCCAGAUGACGCUGCUCAACUUAAUAUUUACCAAUCCCUCAGCGACCCAUCUCUUGCGCGGGAGCAGGGAAUGAAUCUCAAUGAGAGUCAGAAGGAAGCAAUCCGUCUCGGCCACCAUGCUCCCGCGGGGUUCGUCCUCUGUCAUGGAGGUCCUGGAACCGGAAAGACACAUUUCAUCAUCCAGGCUGUUCGACCUUUUCUCCUAGAUACUGCCAAGCAGCACCGCGUUCUACUCACAGCAGCCUCGAACACAAGCGUCGAUUCCGUGGCAAAAGGUCUAGAUGCAGAGCUUCAGCUAAUGAUCGGUAAAGAAGGAGGAAAAUCAAACGAAAAAUAUGUGAUUCGCCUGCACAGCAUCAAGACAGAGAUGUCGGUUGCCCUUCGGGAAGCGAAGGUUGCAAGACAAGCAAACUUAGCCACCAAAAAGCACAACCCUGCAGCCAGCGAGCCUGGCUCACGUCCUUUGGUAUCGGGACAGGCUGCUACGAUCCUUGCACAUUGUCAGGCGUUUGCAGAACGCAAGUACGAAGGUGUCAGUGACGAGCGAGUGAGAGUUAUUGAGCUGUCUGCUGGCGAGCGGAUGCUUGAGAUUGCCGGAAUACGUGUUGGGAGCCCACUGAAUGCGGCAGAUCAGUUCACGCAGUUCUCAGACCUGUAUGCGCGGUUCGUCAAUGGUGAACAAUUCGACCCCGCGGACUGGGUAACUUUUGAUACAGAGCUGGAGCGGCUCCUCGCUUUUACUAUCAGCGAGGCUUCGGUCAUUUGCGCGACCGUUGGCGGAGCUGCGGACGAGUUUUGCAGCAAGAACUAUGUUGGCGCUGAGCUAAUUGUCGUUGAUGAAGCUGCCCGAAUCCCCGAAUACCAAAUGUGGCCGUUACUCGCGUUCUACCCCAAUGCCGUCGGCAAGGUCCUGGUUGGAGAUCCUAACCAGCUAGGUCCUACGAUCAAGGGCGACGAUACAAAGGACGAAACGAAGAGGAUCACCAACCCUUUUCAGAGACAGUUGGAAUUGUCGCUUCAGGGGCGUCUUCAGAAGGCAGGCUUUCAAUCCGCCUUCUUCAACGUGCAAUAUCGCGCUGUGGAGAAAAUUGCCCAGAUUUACAGCAACGUCUGUUAUGGAGGCCUUUUGGAGCACGGUCGAACCUCACAGCUGGAAGAGGAUCAGCUCGCCAAAGACAUCAUCGAACAUAACCGGCAAACUUAUGGCAUUCCCGAACCCGUUGUGUUCUACGACAUACCAGACGCUACAGAGGGACGCAGCUACCAAUGGUCGAGAUUUUGCAAAGAAUACGCUAUAUUGGUGCUCAGAAUCUUGCACAGACUUUUCAACGCCGGCUUUGGAACUCCCUCGAAGCCCUGCUCCAUCGCCAUCCUCACGCCGUACAAGGAGCAAAUGAGACUCCUCAAGGUGUCAAAGGCAUCGAUGGGAAAACUCUAUCCAGCUGCCAAGGACGUCGUUUUGCAGACUGUCGACAGCAUACAAGGCAUGGAGUACGAUGUGGUUAUCGCGGAUCCCACAGUCGUACGCAGCCCCGGGUUUCUCGAUGCGAACCGGCUCAACGUGAUGUUCUCUCGCGCCCGAUAUGGCCUCUACGUGGUUGGCGAUCACACAACGUGGACUUCCAUGAGGAUGGAUGAUUCACUCCCAUUGAGAAAAUUUGCAGGGCAGUUCAAAGAAGCCUAUCGGAUAAAAUGGGAUGGUCCAAAACCGUCUUCGCCUUUCUUUGAUGAGGAUAUGAUUGCAGACUAUCGCUCGGAUUUGGAUUCGGACUCCGACUAG